CAAGCGGCCGUCGCUGGAGCGCAUCAAGUGCCAGCCGCACUUCGUUGGGUAACACGCGCUGGUAACUAAUUUGUUGUGUCUGAGGUGUUCGUUUUAGAAGUGUGGUUCAAUAUUUACUGUAAUGGAAGCACGGCUAGUUAAGAGCGGUGCUGGCACUAAUUACUAAUCUCAAAGAAAACUGAGAUCUCAAGAAUUGAAUCGAAAUGUUAGGAAAAAAUCAAUGGUUGAUUGAUGUACCCAGCAUGCCUAAUGAUCACCAAGUCAUAGACUAAAAAAAAAGUAAGUCACACGUAGGGGCAAAUUACGCGACCGCCGAUUAGACGAUCGAGUUGACGGAUCAACCAAAUAAGAGCACAAAUAGACGCAGACAUAUUCAUUCUCAUUGUCUCUGCAUGAAAGCAAAGAGGCCAAUCAGGGAUCAUAUUAAAGCAGUAAGACAGCAAAGCAUGAAGGGUGAAGAGUGUCGGAAUAUUAUGGACGAAAAUGCGGGUUAACCAUCCGGCAGUUAACUAAACUUCACGAUCAUAAUAGUAGCAGCGGAAAAAAGUUCAACAAGCAACUGAGCAGAGAGUUAAGUUGAGUUGAGAAUAUACUCGCACAUGCGGGUAGGUAUGACUGUGCGACAUUAAACGCCGACAAAGUUGGUUGCUUUUAUGGGAGCGUCAAGAGGAGCAGCGCUAGCGGUGGCGACGGUGUGGACGUAGUGAGUAGUAAUCGUAGUGAUUCUGAAAUAAAUUACUUGAAAGUGGCGCAUACACGUUCAGUCACCAAACGACCCUGCGACGCGCAUCGCUAAACACGCACAGCUCAUGCGGAGCUAGCGAACGAACCAAAAACGAUAAGUUUGAAAAUAUUAUUUUUCGGCUAAAAUUAACUACAUAUAGAUCGCAAGUUUAAAUUUACAUCAACUUCAAAUUAAUUGUGGUGAGAAACGAACAUUUAGGUACAAAGUGGGUGAUUCAUUAGUUUGGCAGAGCCCAAAAAGCUUAUAAAAAAACAAAACUACGUCACAGCUAAAAUAGUGCCUAGGUGCCACAAUCCAAGUGAUCUAUGACCUAUAAUCCCACUGACACGAAACCACGCGCUUUCUGGAAGAGACUUAUAAUACGCAGCUUGCCAGCUCUCGAUUAUCGCUUUCAUUGCCUCUACCGCCACUGCAAAUGCAAUCCAUAGCAAUGAAAGGCAGCGCACUCACCAUCGAAGAUCGUCGCUUGUUACGUUGCAUCCUGCUCGAUCUGAUUGUUAUGGUGGUGCUCACAAUACCAACUAUCAUAUGCGAAUUUGUAAUACAACCCACCCGCCGCGGUUUCUUCUGCAGCGAUGAGACGAUACGUUAUCCUUUUCAACCCAAUACCAUUACAGCGGUUAUUCUCGCCGUUUUCAUCAUAGUCCUGCCGGCCUUUGUGGUUAUCGUUGUAGAGUUUACGCGAUUCUACCGACGUGGUCGCGUCACCGAAACGCGACUUCUUUUUGGUUGGAAAGUACCCAUAUGGAUUGUGGAAUGCCUGAAAUAUACCGUUCACUUUGCUUUCGGCGCAACCCUCACCCUGGCUGCCACAGAGUUGGGCAAGUAUACAAUUGGACGACUGCGACCUCAUUUCAUAGCUGUGUGUCAGCCGCAGCUGGCGGAUGGCAGUAGCUGUGAUGCGCCACAGAAUAUACAUCGCUACAUUGAGAACUACAUUUGUGUUGGUAGCGGUUAUGCAGCAAGUGAAGUGCGUGAGGCGAGACUCUCCUUUCCCAGCGGCCACUCGAGUUUGUGCUUCUUCGCCAUGACUUAUCUUUGCAUCUACCUACAGCACAAACUCACCUGGAAUGCAUCCAAGUUUGCGCGCAACUCUCUACAAUUCUCUCUGCUCAUGUUAGCCUCGUUCACCGCGUUGACGCGCAUAAUGGACAACUGGCAUCAUUGGUCUGAUGUGCUUGUCGGCUGCCUGCUCGGCAUGGCAAUUGCGGUGAUCACUGCGAUUUUCCUCACCAAGGACUUUAGCACGCCAUUGGAGCGAUUACACGUGAACUUGCCGCGUCAGGACACAAGCACGACACUUGAUGAGAUCGCCGUCACGCCACCGCCGUACACGAUGCGAAAUGGUGGAGGAAAUGUGGCGCCGUCGCUGGAUAGGAACAGCGCGGGUGGCUUCAGCAACGAACAGUUUAACUCGAAGGUGUGAAUGGUGAUAAGCGAAAAAAAAAAUAUUAGUUUUAUUAAAGUACCGGUAUAACGGAAUCAAUGUAAAACUAAGAACACUUAAAAUGUGGAAAUAAUUUUAGAAAUCGUGAUAAAGUUUAAUUAACUGAUAUCAAAUUAAAAAGUUUACUAGUAGGGACAGUCUAAAAAGUGGGAAUUUUUUUUUUUUUAAUUCGGUUAUUUCGGUCGUUCAAUCAGAAGUCAUAACUUCUAGACUGUAAAAUAUACGUACAUACAAUUUAAAAAAGAUAACCAAGCAUGAUUGAGUGAAAUAUGGCUCUAAAAAAAGUAAAAAAUCUGUAUUUAAAUAGUAAUAAAAAAUAAGAAUAUUUAAAAAAAAAAUUGUAAAAGUAAAAACCAUGCCAAAUUUUAAAACCAAGGUAGCUCCGCUGAAAUACAUAAAUGGUUGAAAAGUAUGCCAAAGAAGCCGCAAAGGGGGGCGGAAAGUAUUAAAUGGAAGCAGUUUAUGUUCUUCAACACACACACACACACACACAAAUCAAUCAAUUGUUUAUUGCGUUUUUUGCAAUGUUUAUUAAACUAUGGCUACAAGAUAUUUAUUUAAAUAGUAACUGCUACAUUUGAUUUCAACUUUUAUACAUUAUUGUAUUUUUUCGAAAAAAGCUCUUUUAUGUAAUAAAUAGUAUUAAAUAGAUUUUUAGCUACAUUUACCUAAAAUCGGUUUUGUAAAACUAGAGACCAGUGAGAUAUUUAUAAUUUAAAUUGCAUAAGUAAAUAUGUAUUCAAUAUUGAGGUUAAAUGUCGUGCAGCUUUAAAUAAGUUCCUUAUCUUUAAGUUUAUUAAAAAUAAAAGUAUUAAAAAAUUUUAAAACAAACAGACAUACAUUUUUGUGUAAUUUUCACGGUACACUUGUGGUUGCUGUUCUGCAAGAUACGGUUAUGUGUGCAUGCAGAUGCGCCUAUAUGCAAAUAUAAAUCAUGGAAUAUGUAUGUACAUACCUACGAAUGUAUAUCUAGUGCAGAAGUACAAAAACGUUAAUAUUUUUAUUUUUAUAUGGAAUUUAAAAAUGAGCCGGAAAUUAUAAAAAUAGA